UAAACACCCAAUCCGAUCAUUGUCCAUUCCAAAAUAGGAUAAAACAAUUCCUGUCGAAAAAAUAUGAAGGAAAUUGAGUUCAUGAAGGAAAUUGAGUUGCUAUGCCAGCUUCAUCAUCCUAAUUUGAUCUCUCUUGUAGGAUUUUGCAACCAUGAAAAGUAAAAGAUUAUUGUGCAAUGGCUCUCUUCAUGAUCACCUAUACAAUAAGGACAAGACACCACUAUCAUGGCAGAAAAGGCUAGAGAUAUGUAUAGGAAUCGCGCGUGGACUACACUACCUUCAUGCUGGAGCCAAGCGUUCUAUCUUUCAUUGUGACAUAAAACCUAGUAACAUUCUUUUGGAUAGCAAUAUGGUGCCUAAGCUCUCAGACUUUGGGCUUUCAUUGCAGGGACCACUAUCUACUUCCAAGCCAAAACCAAUUGCAGUAGACUAUGUUACAGGUACAUUUGGAUACUUAGCCCCUGAGUGUUUCCAACGCCUGACUGUUACAGAUAAAUGUGACGUUUACUCCUUUGGUAUGGUUCUACUUGUAAUGGUAUGCAUGAAGGAGAAGGAUUUGUUUCUUAACAAGGCCAACAUGUUAGGUAACCAACAUUUGGAGGGGAAGAGUGAAAUCAAAUACUUAGAAAAGUUCAUUGAUGAUCAAGUUCAACCAUGGAAUGUAAUAGCCUUUAUGCAGCAAUUCCCAAUCGAAGAGAUCAUUGAUCCAACCCUCAGGGGAAAGAUUGCACCAGAGUUUACAUGUUAAAUCAUAAUGUGUUUUCAUCUUGACAAAUUAACAAUUAGUUUACAUGUUAGAUCUUAUAAUGAUGUGUGAUAUUCUGUGUAGACAUGAUAACUCAACUAAGGCAAUAUUGAAUGAAGAUAAAGCAGAUAAUAUAAGUGAUUCAAUUUAACUACAGGAAACUCUAUCUGCACUUUCAAAUGUUCCAGUUUUUCACAUUCAUAGUUGGAAGGGAAAUCAUACUUUAAAGCAAAAGCAAAAUAAAACAAAAUUCUGUAGAAGCUUCUUCCAGCUGAACUUGCCAAUCCUACACUUUAUUUACAACAUAAUUAAGUGUCUCUGAUGUUCAGUCAUUCGCUCCUAGUUCUCUUUCCUUGUUUGACAUC